UUUAAGAGAGUUUGUAUGGUCAUUGUGGACCGCAGUUUGAAGCGACGGCAGGUGAAGCCACUUGCUGCCUCUCUCUUAGAUGCCUUGGAUUAUGACAGCUCGGAUGACAGUGACUUUGAAGUUGGAGAUGCCUCAGGGUCAGAUGGCACAGGCAAUGGCAGUGAUGACGAAGGGUCCAAAGCUAGUGCUGCGGGUUCAGAAAGUGAUUCGGACAAUGCUCCUUCUGCAGAAGAUGGUAUAGAUGAGGAGGAGGCCAAAGAUUUGGCUGCUGAGGACAACCUAACUGAGGAUGAAGAGAAAAACAAACAGCAACCAUCAUCAGACAGCUCCACCAAAGACACUCCCACUAUCACCCCACCUAAAGGCAGACGCAAGAGUAAGAAGACGCCAGAGCCGGAGCCUGCUGCAGCUACGGAAACUGAAUCUACAUCAACAUCUGUGCCUGGCAACACAAAUGCUGAAGAGUCUCAGGCUGAGCCCAAGAAAUGGAAUUUCCGCAGAAACCGCCCCCUGCUGGACUUCACCACCAUGGAAGAACUGAAUGAGAUGGACGACUACGACAGUGAAGACGACAAUGACUGGAGGCCUACUGCAGGAAAGAAGAAAGGCAAAGCAGCAACACAGAAAGGAGGCACAGAAGAAGAAGAUGGUGGCAGUGCUAGUGACGAUGAUGAUGAUGACAAUGAUGACGAUGACGAUGAUGAUGAGGACGACGAAAAGGAAGAUGGUGAUGACAACAACAACAGUAGCAGUGACAGUGACAAAGAGGUGAAGAAGCCCAAAAAGAAGACAAAGAACAGCGCUGCUUUUGAUGAUGAACUCACUAAUGAUAGCAUGUCACAGGGAAAGGGCAAUGAGGAUGCUUUGCUGGAUCGGUCCCAGACUUGGAGCACUCAGCACAUCCUCAUUUGCUGCGUUUGUCUGGGAGACAACAGUGAGGAUGCAGAUGAGAUUAUCCAGUGUGACAACUGCGGGGUGACUGUGCACGAAGGGUGUUAUGGUGUGGAUGGCGAGAGUGACUCGAUUAUGAGCUCAGCGUCAGAGAAUUCGACAGAGCCUUGGUUCUGUGAUGCCUGUAAGAAUGGAGUGACUCCCAGCUGUGAGCUGUGCCCCAACCAGGAUGGCAUCUUCAAAGAGACAGAUGCCGGGAGAUGGGUACAUGUGGUGUGUGCACUUUAUGUUCCUGGAGUAGCAUUUGGAGACAUCGAUAAACUGCGGCCAGUGACGCUCACAGAGAUGAAUUAUUCAAAAUAUGGGGCCAAGGAGUGCAGUUUCUGUGAGGAUGCUCGCUUUGCCAGGACUGGUGUGUGUAUCAGCUGUGAUGCAGGAAUGUGUCGUUCCUACUUCCAUGUCACAUGUGCACAGAGGGAGGGACUUCUGUCUGAAGCUGCAGCAGAGGAGGAUAUCGCUGAUCCAUUUUUUGCAUACUGCAAACAGCAUGCAGACCGCUUUGACAGAAAAUGGAAAAGGAAGAAUUACCUGGCCUUACAGUCUUAUUGUAAGGUCUCUCUGCAGGAAAGAGAAAAACAACUUACUCCUGAAGCUCAGGCCCGAAUUACCACCCGCCUCCAGCAGUACCGGGCAAAAGCAGAGCUGUCGAGGAACACUCGGCCUCAAGCAUGGGUGCCCCGGGAGAAAUUGCCACGACCUCUGACAUCUAGUGCUUCAGCCAUCAGGAAAUUGAUGAGGAAGGCAGAACUGAUGGGCAUCAGCACCGACAUUUUCCCUGUGGACACAUCUGAUGCUAACGCCAGCAUGGACGGACGCAGGAAACACAAGCAGCCUGCGCUCACAGCAGACUUCGUAAACUACUACCUGGAGCGGAACAUGCGAAUGAUCCAGAUCCAGGACAACAUCUCCGAGCAGAAGAACCUAAAAGACAAGCUGGAGAGCGAGCAAGAAAAACUACAUGUAGAGUACAACAAGCUCUGUGAGUUUCUGGAGGAACUGUUGAAUGUAAAUGGAGAGCUGCGAGGUGAAGGCCAGGCCAUGUGGACUCUGCUGGGGGGCAUCUUGGGCCAGAAGCUAAAUACUCCAGCAAUUCUGAAAGCCCCAAAAGAGAGGAAGCCCAGCAAGAAGGAGGGAGGAACUCCAGGGAAGUCAUCCAGUCUACCAGCAAUCCUCUACAGCUGCGGCAUCUGUAAGAAAAACCAGGACCAACAUCUGCUGGUGUUAUGUGACACAUGCAAGCUCUACUACCACCUAGGCUGCCUGGAGCCACCACUGACACGAAUGCCCAAGAAGACUAAGAACAGCUAUUGGCAAUGCUCUGAGUGUGACCAGGCCAGCAGCGAUGAAGCUGAUAUCGCCAUGGAGACCUUACCUGAUGGGACCAAGAGGUCUCGAAGACAAAUCAAAGGACCAAUCAAGUUCAUCCCACAGGAGAUGUCACCAGAGCCCAAGAAACAUCAAGUGAGAGGCGCGAGAACCAGAGGGCAGAAGAGGAAGCGAGUUCCAAUUUGUGAAGACAGAGAAGAUAAAAUCGAGGAACCACUGCCAAGGGAACGUCGACAGCGCCAGUCUGCAGUGCAGAAAAAACCUAAGGCAGAUGACACAAGGACUGAGUGCACAACCUGCAAAGGACCUGGCGACAAUGAAAACCUUGUGAGGUGUGACGAAUGCCGGCUCUGCUACCACUUCGGGUGUCUGGACCCCCCGCUGAAGAAAUCUCCCAAGCAGACUGGAUAUGGCUGGAUCUGCCAGGAGUGUGACACAUCCUCAUCCAAGGAGGAAGAGGAACAGCAGUUGGAGGAGGAUAACUCUGUGAAAGAGGAAAGACCAGAGCAGGAGAUUUCAAACAGAACCUGAGUGACAUGACAUAUACACACCUGCUGCGUGGCUUCUCCUCCAGUCCUAGCUUUUUCUGUUCAGACUAUAGUGCCCAUAACUUUCUACUAGCCUCCCAAAGUCUUUAGGCAGCCAGCUGUUCCGCUCCAGAUGGUCUAAUAGCCAGAGGUGUAUUUUAGAAAACACUAUUCAAAUGGUAAUAUCUUUAGUUUUAUGGUAGAGUUUGUACUUUUUAUGGAUGGUGCUGGACAGAUGGACAGAUUUCAGACAUUUUCAUGAAGCAGCACAUGAAAACAGCUGACCACAGGAGCACACACAGCCCUAUGCUCCUUGUACAGCCAAGAUACUGUAUGUCUGACUGUUAACAUCCAGCCACUUGAUACAUUUAUGACACUUUCCAUGCAAUCUAUUUUCAUACAGUAAUGAUCAUCAGACAGUGUGUUCACAGUGUCAUGUUUACAAGAUGAAGCUAGUAGUGUGCGACCAAACUUUCUUCUCUGAGCCCACAGAACAUAUCUUCUUCCCUGCUAAGCACGCCCACAAUAGUCAGAUGUCAGCUUGGAAGUCCUUUCCAUUGUCUUCAAAUGCAUUUGACUGGAUGAUUUUAUUUUUGUAUUUUAUGCAUAUCUGUCGCCUUCCCCCAUUGGAAAUACCUGCUUAUCUUUUAGUUAAAGUUCUGUGAAGUACUGAGUUUUGUUUUUUGUGUUGGGAAAAAAAACCUUACAGUAUCUUUAAGUACCACAUACCGAUCUUUUUUGUCAUUGGAUUUGUAUGAAAAUCAUCAACGUUUAGGAAUGUGUCUACUCAGAGAUUGUACUUACAUACUUUUACUCCUCUUUCCUAGCCAGAUGGUUGUUUGACCUGCUUGUAAUCUGCGGUUCAGACUAAGUCUCUGAGCAGCCUAUGAAUCAUCACUCAAUUCUCAGCAAAGUUUCGCAACUAAAAUUUUUACAUUAAUUAAAUCCAAAGAGGCAGCAAAAGUGUUCAUAGUCUAAUUCUCUCAAAUUUACGGCUAUAUGCACCAAACAUUAGGAGUAACGCCAAGUGAUGACUGUCAACAGAGAGCUAAUAAAUUGUUAGAUCUGAUCAGAGACUACUGUCAGGCUAGAGAACUGUCAAAUUUUCAGUGUAAAUUUAGUUAUCCCUUAAAGUGCCAAUAAAUUUGAAUUGCAAAAAAAGUUGCUUCUUUAUGAUUGAUACUCAAUGCACAUUAAAUGUCAGAAUGUCUCAGUCA